GCGCCGACAGAGAGGCGAGUCGCGCUCGGACAGUCGAGGUUCGACGCGUUCACAGAGAGGUCGGACCACUUGAGACACUCUGCAGCAGCCUCGCGAGUCGCGCGAGUACUGCGACCAGACUAUUAACGCCGGUCUUCGGAAUCAAGUGCGCUCCCCGUUUGCCUGGAUUAACCGUGAAGUGCGAGUCUAGAGACGAACUCGUCUGUAGUGAACGAGUGAUCGACGCCGAGGGGGAAAAUACGUGUACAAACAUGGUGACCGGAGUCGGUGCGACCAUGCCCACCGGCGGAGUGACCGUCGGGUCCGCUCCUUCGGUCCAGCACGGACCUCAGGAGGCUGGACAGCCGCCGACUUCUACCACUGGCGCCACUGUCGCCACCACCAGGAGAUCCGGCGAAAACCGACGGAGUAACAAGCCAAUCAUGGAGAAAAGGAGAAGGGCUCGUAUAAACAACUGCUUGAACGACCUGAAGACCCUCAUCUUGGACGCUAUGAAGAAAGACCCAGCGAGACACUCGAAGCUGGAGAAGGCCGAUAUCCUGGAGAUGACGGUGAAGCACCUGGAGACGCUGCAGCGUCAGCAGGUCGCGCUGGCAGCAGCGACAGACCCGAAUGUGCUGAACAAAUUCCGCGCCGGGUUCACGGAGUGUGCGGGCGAGGUUGGCAGAUUUCCCGGGUUGGACGCCUCGGUGAAGCGCCGUCUGAUGGCCCACUUGGCAUCCUGCCUGGGCCCCGUCGAGACGAAUUCCGCCGGCCAACCCGGGCCAGGGCAGCAGCCGGUGCAGCCAGCGCCGCCGACGACCCAACUUCAGGUGCACAUCCUACCCCAAGUGGACUCCACGCCGAGGAUUCAGGUCCAACAGUCCAACGGGAUCUUCUUCACGAACGCCAACGGGACGGGGUUCCAGUUGGUGCCAACCAGGCUGCCCAACGGAGAUAUAGCCCUUGUCCUGCCAGCUGGGGCGAAGGCAACGCCGAUGACGUCGCCAUCGUCGUCCCCGGCACCGACCUCGCCGUUACCAACCCUUAUCCCGAUCCCCCAGCGACCGGCCAGCACGGCUUCGGCGUCGUCCUCCUCGUCUUCCGCCAGCUCGACGUCCACCUCGGCUGCCAGUCCAGUAGCCUUCGAGGCUCCCCCAGCAGCCUUCAGGGAGCAGACCUCAGGGUACCAAUCCGGGACCAGUCACAGGGACGUUGCAACCUCACCCGCUGCGGCCAACGGCUACACCAGUGACCCCGAGUUCGACCCCAGAGUGUACAGUCCACCUCUCCAGAAACCAUUGGCCCUGGUCAUGAGGAAGAGCGUAUUGCCGGAGGUCGAGGACAAACCCUGGAGGCCUUGGUAACGGCGCGAGAUUUGGGGAAAAUCGUUGAAGGCGACCUCGCCCAGCAUCCACGCCCGGUGAUGCCGAUUGACACUGCGGCGAUCUUGCAAAUCAUUUCUGAGAUGCUCUGUAAGUGAUGCUGCAUCGUAGUCCGGGUCAAGAUGGACCCACAUAGUCGGCUUGAUAAAACUGAGUCUGUCAAGCAUCUCGUCGGUUUUGGCGACCCAUCAGCCUGCCAGUGCCUUACACCAUGCCGUGCCUUGUACAUUUGGUAGCGCGGAAUUAGAGUCCUUCGUUUUAUCUCCUCUCGAAUUCGGGAAACUCACUCGGAGACAUCCAUUGUACAUAAGCUAAGCGCGUAUUUUAAGUGCCUUACGCAACAAGAAUCACCGAGGUCUUCCAUUCUGUAUCUUUUUAUACGUGGACGCGAGUCACUCCACGUCGCGGCGCCCCACCUGAUCGGCGGUCGCGGCGUUUUGUAAUUAAUUUCCGAGUAGUUAAGAGAACCAUAUAGUUUUAAGGAAGAUUGCGCAUGUCUGCCCGGAGGUAGUGAGAUCGAGGAAGAAUGUUUUAUUUAUGUUUGUAUGAGUGGGAACGGUCGAGUUUAUAAUUCCUCUCUAUUGUGAAGAUAGAAAACCACGCUUAAUACUAUAGAAAUAUUGAAUAAAUAUUGAUCUCCUUAUUAGAACGAA